AGAACAACAACACGCGCGCAAGCUGUGCCCACAACAGCGGUCCUGACGACAUGGCGGAAGACGCGAAUGAAGCUCUGCUGUACGCUGCUCGGAACGGCUGUCUACAAGGCGUUAAAGAUGCUCUGAAAGCCGGUGCAGACAUUGACUAUGAGGAUGAUGAGAUCACAGCGCUGUUACAUGCUUCCAUCAACGGGGAUGUCGACAUCGCAAGACUGCUGCUCCGCCAGGGGGCGUCCGUAUCGAAGAGAACCAAGCAGAUAUCAUGUGGCCCCCUUCAUGCAGCAGCGGGCAAUGGGCAUACAGAAGUAGUGAAGUUGCUGGUACAUCAUGGGGCAACAUUAGCCGUCCGGGAUGCCUACCAGAGAACCCCACUCAUGGUUGCCAUCAUGUACAAACAAGUGGACACUGGUCGGCAACUGAUCGAGCUUGGGGCGAGAGUUGAUCUGACCGACGAUCAGGGUGUGGCGGCCAAGAGGUACUGUGAGUUUUACAUGAAGGGCGAAGACUUGGACUGUGCACGUAAAGAGAUGCUGGGGCUGAUAGAAGAAGCACUGAAGACCAAGCUGCUGAGAUGCUGCAACCCUACAUGUGGCAAACCGGGCUACAGGUCCACCCUGAAGCUGUGUGCCCAGUGCAAGCUGACCCGGUACUGCAGCCGAGACUGUCAGAAACAACACUGGACUGUCGGACACAAGAAGAGCUGCGGACAUGACGCGUACACUGGCAAUGGACCAGACCCUUUGUACCUAAAAUUGACCAGGUUGAGGAUAGCGUAUCAAAAUAGCUUACAACAAACAUAACUCUACAGACUUUACAACUUUUUCCAUUUUUAGAAUGAAAUGUUUGAUCACUACUUCAGGGGACGGAUGUAUUGUUUUGGGUGGCCGAGUCCUGGGUUUGUCUUUCUGUCCUGAUAGCUUCGGUUUCAUAUUAUGCAGGAAGCAUCAUACAACCCCCUCUACGGUUCCAAUACAGUCAUGAAAACCCAAAACACUUCCAGGUCUGUGAACUUAAAGACUGCAUUUACAUAUACCUCAAAUAUAUUGCACCUUGUAACGUUACAUGUGCUACAGUUUCUUCAUGAAGUUCAUGUAAAAUACCAGCGUGUCUGUGUGUUUCCGCAACUUUGUUGUCAGCAUAACUUUACCUUCUGAGGUUAAGUUAGAAUUUAGAACAGAGAAAUUGUCUAUUAAACAAAACCAUAGAAAGCUCAACUUUGGGUGGCACCCCUAUAGUACAGCAGUGACAUCUAGCAUCUCUUGUAUUACAAGUAGUUACCUUCGUCAGAUGGGUAUGUUGUCCAUUUGGGCUUGGUUGAGUGGUUGUAGUGUGGGUCUGUAUGAAUAU